AUGGAGAACAAGAAGCGGUCUUUCAGCAUCCUUCGCUUGCCGCUGUGUUUUUGGCUGUUUGCGGCAUUCUGGAUCGUCGAACAGCAGAAUGUAUGUUCUUCAAAAGUGCCAGAAGUUCCAACAGGGACUCCCGAAUUGCAAGUUUCAAACGGUGUACCACCUGACUCGCUGAGAAAAUUGCAUUCGCAAGUGAUUGCCCAGAAGGAGGCAAUAAAUGCCGAAUUUGCCACACGGCUUGUUUCAAAGAAGCGCUUCCACCUAAUUGCUGUGCUCGUGCUGAUUCUUGGCCUAGUAAAAGCAAUAUCAAUUCGUAGACAGAGGAAGGCAGAUGAGAUCGUGGAGCCCAUACAGGUGCCCGAAGAUGUCUCGAAGGAAAUGCGAGAUGAGCUUCCACAGAUGCCGAUGGGACGUGAGCGGAGGACUCGAAGAGAGUACCGGAAGCCAAGGCAACCCUCUAGGUUGCCUUUCACUCCCCAGCGUCAGCCAGCUGUUCAACCCGGGGGAGUGGAAGAAGCCGUUCAACAACCAGCUUCACCACCACCUGCACGACAAAUGCCGGAAGUUCCAGAGGAGGAACGGGAGAUUUAUCAAUUGAGGUAUAGAUUGGUGGAUAUGAGAAGUAUUUUGAAUAUUUCGCACUCAUUGAUCGAUGAGUUGCCAGGGGUAGACGGGAUCCUCCCCACAAUCACAACGAACGUGGAGACUGCUGAACACGCGGUGGCGGCGUACGAUAAUGCAAUGAUGAGGAAUGAUCCACAAAUUGCUUCAAUUAGGAAUGAAACCGUUAAUUUAAUGAGAGUAAUGCUCGACGGAGCCCGGGAAGCCUUGCUGCAAAUUGCAACAAUGGCAAGACAGCAUGGUGAGGUAGUGCGGUCAAAUAUUUCUCAGUAUUGUUAUUUUGCAGAUACCUCUGGUUUGCGAAAGUCUCUGGAUGACAGCUGGGAAACAACGUCGGUCAAAAUGUGUGUUGCGUCGCUGACUAACCUCGAAAGUAUAGCUGCAGAUUUACAGCGGGAGACUGAAGAGCAGUUUAUGGUUUUGCACUCUGUAGCAUUCGAUGAGGGAUACGAAGCAGAAGAUUUUGUCAGACUUUACGGAGCCCUUGCUGCCAUGAACUUUAGGAAGGUGUCGUUGGAAACGUUAUCUGCUCUGGACCAAGCAUUGCUAGGUGGUAUCCUACAGAUGCACAAGGAUUGGAUGACGGCGAAGCUUCUGAGAGAACGGAUACCGCUUGAAGUGGACACAUAUUUAGUUGAGGGGAUUGAAACAGUUCUGUCGCAGCAUCGCCUAGGCACUAGAGUUCUAACACCAUCAGAAGUGUUAGCCAUAAAAAAAUUGCUUGAAAAGCAGAAUCAGGAUAUUGACGUUAUGAAAUCUGCGCAAGACAUCGAGGCGGUCACAGCAGCGUACGAACGGGCGAAGACAGUGAACCAACAGCUCACUUAUACACUACAUACACAAAAAGAAAAGCAACGUCGUUUUUUGGAGCAAAAUCCACUGAACAAGGAAGAGAACGCCUCUCUUUCUGAUAUUAUAGCUAACAUCGUCCAGCCUGGCGUCAAGGACAGCGAGGAAUUCUUGCAUUCUGCGCAGAACGCAUAUGCAGAAGCUGGUGGCAAAAUUGAAGACGUUGCGUACAGUCCUUUUAGCGGUAAAGGUUUUCUGCAAAAGGUGGCAACUAAGGUGGGAACUAAGGUGAUGGCAGCAGCUGGAGUUGAGCAGGAAGAUGCAGGCCGUGACACCAGUACAGCAAGCGCUACGAAUUCGAUUUUUACCCAGGCAGUAGUCAAAAUUGAAGCUGUUGCGAAAAAUGCUUGCGAUAUGGCCCGAGACUCGCUGCAGACAAUGAAGAAGACAAAGAAGUACAAACUGGACAAGGAUGGAUUUGGGUCCUCUGCGCUGGAUUUGAAAACACAACUUAGAGUCGAUGUUGUGAAAAAUAGAACAAGUGUAGACCUUGUUAGAAUGCGGUGUCGAUACGUGGAUAGACUGACGAAAGAAGUACUUGGACUUGAAAGGUUGUUACAGUCAGUAUUUUUGUAUCCGUAUCGGCCAUCGUCAAGCGAAUGGGUUCAGGUAGGUCGAUUCAAGGAGAAAUUUGACAGGGAAAAGGCAUUGGCCCAGCAAACUGAUAAUUUUGAUAUGCUCCCUAAACAUUUCGACAACAUGUUGCAACUCUCCUUUGAAAUUUGGAAUACUCUUGAACGCGAACGCUUGGAUCAGUUGAUGCAGGCAGUCAGCCAGCCUUCUGGGUCUUCAUGA